GUAGUUAAAAAAACGCAGAAGGCGAAGGCAGAAAUUCCGUGUACAAUUCAAAUCCGGUUCCUUUGGAAAGUGUUCACAUAUAUUUGCCACCCAAAAAAUAGCAAACGAUCUGAAUAAAAACACAAACAUACACGAUACACAAUAACCACUCGCAAAAACAGGAAAACUCAAGGAGUGCGGAAUAAUCUAGGGAUAAGUGGACUGGAUGAUAGGGCAGCCCAUCUGCCUGAGCAAAAGUUGGAGGACACUGCGACACCAUGUCCACCGCCUUCCUGACGCUAAUCGCCGUCAUCGUCUGCAUCCUUUUUCGCAUAUUAAAUGUCCACAGUCAGCCGCUGAAGCCGAGUGUGUGGUGCCUGGACGCCCAGUUCCUGGACUGCCUCUACAAAAUAGCGCCAGUGCUGAGGGAGCCUUACAUUCCACCACGUCUUUGGGGCUUCAGUGGUCAUGUCCAGACCGUUUUGCACAGCAUUGUGGGCCGAGUGCGUUGUCCUUGGCCCUUGGGUGAACGUGUCUACAUGUCGCUGCAUGAUGGCUCUACCCUAACAUACGACUUGUACCAGCCACUCAACGAACAGGAGGAUGACAUCACGGUGGCCAUUUGUCCGGGCAUUGCCAACAGCUCGGAAUCGGUGUACAUUCGCACCUUUGUCCAUUUGGCCCAGUGCAAUGGAUACCGCUGUGCGGUGCUAAAUCACAUUGGAGCAUUGCGCAGUGUCCAGGUGACCUCCACGCGCAUUUUUACCUAUGGCCACACGGAGGAUUUCGCGGCCAUGGUGGAGAACUUGAACCAGAAGUACCGCCAAAGUCGAAUCGUGGCGGUUGGUUUCAGUCUGGGCGGUAAUUUAGUAACCAAAUAUAUGGGCGAGGACCAAAAGACAAAGCCCAUCAGUGUAAUUGGAGGCAUAUCUAUAUGCCAAGGCUACAAUGCCGUCGAGGGCACCAAAUGGCUGCUCAAUUGGCAGAACUUCCGACGCUUUUACCUGUACAUCAUGACGGAGAACGUGAAAAGCAUUAUCCUGAGACAUCGCCACGUCCUGCUGUCCGACGAAGUGAAGACUCGACAUAAUCUCAACGAGCGCGACAUCAUCGCAGCUGCCACGCUACCCGAAUUGGAUGAGGCCUAUACGAGACGAGUGUACAAUUUCCCCUCCACCCAGGAGCUGUACAAGUGGAGCUCGUCGCUGUUCUACUUCGAUUCGAUUAAGAAGCCCAUGAUCUUUAUUAAUGCCAAGGAUGAUCCCUUGAUUCCAGAGAAUUUGCUGCAUCCCAUCAAGGAGUAUGCCACCACUCGGCAAUACACUGCCUACGUGGAGGUGGCCCAUGGCGGUCAUCUGGGCUUUUAUGAGGGCGGUUUCCUAUACCCAAACCCGGUGACUUGGCUGGAUCGCACACUGGUGGCCAUGGUUGGAUCUUUGGUCAUGAUGCAGGAAGUCGGCAAGGUGGCUUCUUAGGCCAUCACACUAUUCCCCCACGCACACAUGACUAUUAAACGCUUUGGUGUCAAAAUUGGUUGUCGCUAACGGAUAUGAAUCUUUGAAGGAACAUCGGAAUCGAGCCCGAAAGACCCCAUACAAUAGUUCUAACAUAUAAUAUCGAUGUGACACAAGUAAAAACUAUCAGCCGCGCAAGCAGGAAACAUAAAUUGAUGUAUACUUUUGCAAAGUGCAUUUAAAACAGAAAUUGCAGUUUUUCAACAACGGUUUUAACGCUUUUUUGAUGGCUUGAAGAGCCAAAAAUACAAUGUAUCAGUUGAACUUAGUUAACGCGAACCACAUAUAUACAUGUACUUAUAUUUAAGCAAAUUCCUAUUUAUUAGCAUUUUACUUUGUGAUCUAACAGGUUUUAAUUAUGUAUAUUUUUAUAUGUGAAAUGUACACCAGACACCGCACACAAAAUAUGAUGUAUGACAGUAAUUAUAAAUUGUAAGUCCCCGGCCGCACCAUACCAUAGAAAAUAGCAACAAUAAUGCCUUAUUGUAGACCUUGUUUUGUAAGUGUGUAUAUGAUUUUAGAUAUUCAGUUUGUACUACGAUGCAUUUCACGGAAAUCAAAGAGAAACCAAAAAAUUUGCCCAACGACGGCUUCAA